AUGGCUGCUCCAGCCUCCAGGUUCCAGGGCGUCACAGAUCUCGCGAGCUCGCUCGCCGUGACAGAGGAUACCACCGUCGUCACCCUUCAAGAACGCUACCUCGCCCACAAGACCUACACCGCCCUCUCCUCCUCCGCCCUCGUCUUCACCAACCCCUACAACUACCUGCCAUCAGAUGGCGACGACUCUCUUUUACGAUAUGUGCAGGAAUACUACCGUGUUGCGAAAGAGGACGACACGGGGCGUAAUGAAGAAGGGGCAUGGAGGAAGGGCGGACUGGACCCUCACGUGUUUCAGCUCGCUCUCAAUGCCUUCUUCAAUAUGAAGCGGACAGGGCAGGAUCAGGUCAUUAUUACAAACGGUCCCAUGGGUUCCGGAAAGAGUGAACUCAAAAGACUAGCCAUCGAAGCCAUCUCCGAAGUCAGCGUCGCCACUCCAGGAAAGAAGGGAUCCAAGCUCGGUCUCCAAGUUGCCAGUGCCGAGUUUAUCCAAAAAUGCUUUGGAAACGCCCAUACUCUCUCAAACGACGAUGCUUCGCGAUACGGCUCAUACACCGAGCUCCAAUUCAACGAGCGAGGUCGACUUGACGGGCUGAAAACGAUCCAAUACUACUUUGAACGGUCGCGCGUAUCCCAGGCGCCCGUCAAUGGCGAACGCAAUUUCCACGUCUUCUACUAUCUCGUCGCUGGGGCUCCCGCCGAAGAGCGGGCGUUCUUCAAGCUGGGCGAUAUGAUUGAUUACCGGUACCUGAAUUGCCGAGUACGGAGGAUCGGGGUCGAGGAUAAGCAUCGGUACUCCCAGCUCAGGCAGGCGUUCAAGGCUGUGGGCAUGUCGAGCCGUCUUGUGGCGCAAGUGUUUCAGCUCCUUGCGGCUGUAUUGCAUAUCGGCAACUUGCAAUUCACCCCAGGUGAUGGCGAGCAGGAAGGUGCACAGGUCGUCAAUGCCGACACGCUCGACGUCGUGGCCGAAUUCUUGGGUGUCUCUUCCGAGUCUCUUGCCGAGGUCUUUUCCAUCAAGACUGUCAUUAUCCGCAAAGAAGUCUGCACCACCUUUCUCGGUCCAGAGCAGGCCGAACAAGUCCGAGACGAGCUCGCUCGGACACUCUACUCUCUCCUCUUCUCUUGGCUCAUCGAGCACAUCAACUCGAAGCUCUGUAAAGACAGCUUUGGUUCCUUUAUCGCCCUCCUCGAUCUGCCGGGUAUCCAGCGCGGAUCUUCCGUCAUCUCAACCAACUCGCUCGAUCAGCUAUGUCUCAACUUUGCUUCGGAAAAGCUGCACAACUGGGUUCUGCACCGUGUCCACCAGACGGCCAAACAAGAGGCGGAAGCGGAGAGGUUGAUCUUCAACAAGGUGCCGUACUUUGACAAUUCAGAUUGUUUGGAAAUGUUGUCGGCUUCGCGAGGCGGGUUGGUAUCGACCCUUGACGAUCUGUCGCUCAAGAAGAAGGCAGAGCAAAACUUGCUUGACAACUUGACGAAAAAGUACCACAGCCACCCAUCACUCUCCAUCUCUUCAUCGCACGGGUACCGCUCCGCUUCGUCCUUUACCAUCAAUCACUACGACGGUCCCGUCACUUAUGAGACUUCCAACCUGCUCGAGCGAAAUGCCAAAGAAACGAGUACCGACAUUGUUCAACUCCUCCGAGGAUCGACGUCUACGCAGUUCCCAGAGAUGGAGUCGCGCGGGUCGAGCAACCCCUUCAUCAAGGGCCUGUUUACCAUGAAGGGGAUCUCGAUGCAGACGCACCCGAAGAGUGAUUCCACCAUUGUGGCUGUCCAGCAAUCUGUCCGUCCUGUCCGAGCGCCUUCGACGAGGCGCAAGCAGAGACGGUCUUUGGUCCCGGUCAAUGAGGAGGACGAAGAUGCGGAGGACUUUGGUGUGGGCGGAGGUAACGACGAGAGCUACUCUUCCAAAGACCUUACCUGCAUCGCCGGUCAACACUUUCACGCCGUCGAAGCCCUGCUCAAAUCAUUCGACCAAACCCAAAUGUGGUACAUCUUCUGCCUCCGCCCCAACGACAGCCAACUCCCAUCGCAAUUCGACCUGCGGGCUGUCAAGUCGCAAAUCCGGAGCUUUGGGCUGGUGGAGCUUGCGCAGAGGUUGCAAGGCAAUGGAUGGGAGGUGAGGAUGUCGUUGGAGGAGGCGUGUGAGAGGUAUAAGGUUGAGUUGGCGAGGAGGGGGAUUAUGGAGGGGCCGGCGUGGGUGGAGAGGUUGAGGGAUUUCAAGAGGUUGUUGAAGGCGAGUGAUGCGGAGAUUGGGAUUGGACAGCAACGAGUGUUCCUAUCGCAUUCUGUGUUCCGCUAUCUCGAAGACAAGCUGCGAGCCAGAGAUAAUGAGGAACAUCUUCAUCAGUACGACGAUGCGGCUUUUGAAGGCCAAAAGCGUAUCCAGACAGACCCCUUUUCCCCUCACCGUCAUCACAACUCUGCCGAGUCUCGACAACUCUACGAUACCUCAUUCCCCGACGAAUCCUCUGCGGCGCUCCCGCUGGUCGCUCAUGCCCAGCCGAACCCGAUGGAGAGCACGCUCGAUCUGGAUGAUAUGCCGCCGACGAGCGUACCUUACGGUACUCACUAUGGAGAUGCGUCCACUACCGAUGUUGGGGAGUAUGCUUCCUCUAAGAGCGCCUAUGCUUCAUCUCUACACAAGAGCGAAAAGGAUCCUCUAGACGAAGAUAAUACCCCAGGCCAUACCCAGGAGACGUACAAAGAGUCUAUCGUCAGGCGUCGAUGGGUCUGGAUGUGUGCCGCGCUUACGUGGUGGGUUCCUGGGUUCAUGCUGUCCAAAUUUGGCGGCAUGAAGCGAUCGGACAUCAGGCAAGCGUGGAGAGAAAAGCUGGCGAUCAACAUGAUCAUCUGGUUCAUUUGUGGUUGUACGGUCUUUGUCAUUGCCAUCCUCGGUCCUUUGAUCUGUCCCACUCAGCAUGUCUAUUCGACUAGUGAGCUGGCGAGUCAAAGUUAUACUUCGCAUCCUGAUGAGGCGUAUACGGCUAUUCGGGGAGAGGUCUUUGAUCUGUCGAGUUUUGCGCCAACGCAUCUUACGGCAGUAUCGGUCGUCCCGAAGCGGAGUUUCAUGACCUAUGGUGGUCUCGACGCUACCGACCUCUUUCCUGUUCAAGUGUCUGCUCUCUGUGACGGCGUGUCUGGCUCGAUCAGCGACUAUGUCACCAUGGACACUAGCAACACGACCGACAACUAUGCUCAGUAUCACGAUUUCAGAGCGUCUACCAACGACUCUCGACCCGAUUGGUACGCCGAGAUGAUGAUCAUGAUGCGCCAUCGAUUCCGCAAAGGUUUCAUGGGCUAUACCAAGAAGGCUAUCAAGACCCAAGCUAGCCAGGGAAGCGCUGUUGGUAUCGUCGAUGAUGUCGUUUACGACUUGUCCGACUAUAUUGCGCAGAAUGGUGGUGGGCUGAAGUUGCCGGAUGGGUAUACUGCUACGUCGCAAGACCAGAGCGACAGGCAGUUCAUGAGCAGUCAAGUCGUCGACUUGUUCAAGUACAACUCGGGCAAGGACGUCACCAAGCUACUCAACAACUUGGCUGGUACCCUUGGACAGGAUGUGGUCGACCGACAGAAAGUCUGCUUGCGCAACCUGUUCAUCAUUGGUAAAGUCGACAGUCGAGAUUCGGCGGCUUGUCAAUUCUCGACCUACAUCCUGCUCGUGCUGUCGAUCAUCAUGGUGACCAUCAUUGGGUUCAAGUUCUUGGCCGCUCUGCACUUUGGCUCUGCUCGAGCCCCAGAGGCGCACGACAAGUUCAUUAUCUGCCAAGUGCCUUGUUACACCGAAGGUGAAGAUUCUUUGAGGCGUACGAUCGACUCGCUGUGCAAGCUUCGAUACGACGACAAGCGUAAACUUAUCAUGGUCAUUUGCGAUGGUAACAUCAAGGGUUACGGAAACGACAAGCCCACGCCUGCUAUCGUCCUCGACAUUCUCGGUGUGGACCCCAAUGCCGAGGCUGAACCUCUCAGUUUCCAAUCUCUCGGCGAAGGUGCCAAGCAGCACAACCAGGGCAAGGUGUAUGCGGGAUUGUACGAACAUGCUGGUCAUGUCGUACCGUAUCUCGUGGUCGUCAAGGUCGGCAAGCCGAAUGAGAGGCAGAGACCGGGUAACAGGGGUAAGCGUGACUCUCAGAUGGUGGUCAUGCACUUUUUGAACAAAGUCCACUUCAACUCUCCCAUGAACCCACUCGAGCUCGAGAUGUACCACCAGAUCAAGAAUGUCAUAGGUGUGAAUCCGAGUUUCUACGAGUAUAUCUUCAUGGUUGAUGCCGAUACGACGGUGGAGGAGUUGUCUCUGAAUCGAUUGGUCUCGGCGAUGAUGCACGACAAGAAGAUCAUUGGUGUUUGUGGAGAGACCUCCAUCACCAACGCCAAACAGUCUAUUGUCACCAUGGCCCAAGUAUACGAAUACUUUAUCUCCCAUCACCUCGCCAAGGCUUUCGAAAGUCUCUUUGGCUCCAUCACCUGUCUCCCCGGUUGUUUCUCCAUGUACCGCCUUCGGUCUCCAGAUACCAACAAGCCGCUCUUCAUCUCCAACGCCGUCAUCGAAGACUACUCGGAGAACCGAGUCGACACUCUGCACAUGAAGAACUUGCUUCAUUUGGGUGAAGAUCGAUACCUGACUACCUUGGUCCUCAAGCACUUUGUCAACUACAAGACAAAGUUUGUGCGGGAUGCGCAUGCCCAGACGGUGGCUCCAGACUCUGGCAAGGUCUUGCUCAGUCAAAGGCGACGAUGGAUCAACUCUACCGUGCACAAUUUGGCAGAGCUCGUGUUUUUGGAUGAGCUGUGUGGUUUCUGUUGCUUCUCGAUGCGAUUCGUCGUCUUGAUUGACUUGGUAUCGACCAUCAUCGCACCUGUUACUGUGGCAUAUAUCGGGUAUCUGAUCUACCUGAUCGUCCACGAUGGCGAAACUAUCCCAACUCUCAGUAUCAUUAUGCUUGCUGCUAUCUACGGUCUUCAAGCCUUGAUCUUCAUCUUCCGAAUGAGAUGGGACAUGAUUGCUUGGAUGUUCUUCUACAUCUUGGCCAUCCCGGUCUUUUCAUUCUUCUUGCCGCUCUACUCUUUCUGGAAGAUGGACGACUUUAGUUGGGGAUCCACUCGUCUAGUUGUUGGUGAUGGCGGAAAGAAGAUUGUCAUCCACGACGAAGGCAAAUUUGACCCAUCCCUGAUUCCUCUGAAGAGUUGGGAAGAAUACGAAAACGAACUCUGGGACCACGAAUCCUCUCAGUCUGAAGAGUUCCUUGCUCCCGUCAAGAGCGAAUACGACUACCGUCCCCGGUCCACCUUCAGCUAUGGCUACGACCAGCCCCAGGGCAUGCAAUCGCGCUCCUUCACCCCCGUCAGCUCGGUCUACGGCAUGAACCACCCCUCUGCCAACGCGAAUCCGUUCGGAGCGACAGACUAUAGGUCGAUCCAGAUGAACCUGGCUCACAGGCCGUUGUUGAGGGAAGAGUCAUUUGACAGAAUGUCGCAAUUUGAUGGAGGGAGCUUGUAUGGCGGGCAGCAGGCCCAUAACCCGUUCGCGGGAGGCUUUGCUGGACAGAGGAACCAGUCGUACACUUCCCUGGACCAAGCUGCGUAUCAAGCACCCUACCAAGCGCCUCCCUCCCAAAGAGGCUACAACCCCUCGCUACACACUGCCGAGGCUUCCACCAUGGAAGACUCUUUCGCCGCACCAGUCGACUAUUUGGGUGCUAUGGCAAUUACAGACUCUCAGCUAGAAGCAAGUAUCAGAAAGAUUUGUAAGAACGCGGAUCUGGACAAUCUUACGAAGAAGGGGGUGAGGAAAGCGUUGGAGAAGGAGUAUGGUUGCGGGUUGGAUGAGAGGAAGGAGGCGAUCAAUAGGCUGGUGGAGAAGGUCCUUACUGGUACGUUUUGUGGAGCUUGGGACGAUCCGGAGCUGACUUGUCUACCAGAGUAG